GGUGUGUGUGUGUGAGUGCCAGUCCUGCCAAACCAGACACAAACGAGUGUGUGUUUAGAAACUACCGACAGCUAAACUUGACAAAGAAAAACCCGCGACAAUGAAAUACCCAGAGGACAUUAGAUGAGCAGGUGUGAAGAACACUGUGAAGUGUGCCUGAAAUGGAAGGGGAAGCUAAACUAGAUCUAUGUCACCUGACUGAGGUGGAGCAAACUGUAAUCCUCAAUGUUCUGCUGAGAGAUGCUGAACUACGCAGCAAAGAGGAAGGGAGAGUACGUAAGCUUCAGCAGACGGUGUCAGACCCUGUCCAUCUGCGCUCUCUCUCGGGUGAGUGGUUUCAUGAAGAGCGCGCUAAGAGAUAUCAGAAGGGAGGAGCUGAUGUUGUGCAUGCCUCCAUACGCCGUAAGCGACGUGAAAAAGAUACACCGGCUUUGACGCAUAUAUUUGAUGAAGAAAAAGGUAAUAACUCUUCUCAAUUACAUGAGCAGCGAGAGGAAGAAAAGAGUACAGAGAGAGAAUUGCAGGAACAUAUAAGUGUAAGAGAGGAUGACAAGGGCCAGGAAGAGAAGGAAAGAGAAAAAGAUGGAGAAAGUCUCAUUCCUGAGGUAACACCUGAACCACAAUCCAGGACAAGACACAUCACCAAGAAGAGUGCAGCUGUAGGAAAUGGUCUUGAAGGAAGUUUUGGAGACCCAGCAGACAAAGAGAGGAGAGUUUUGCCAAGUGCACCACCAUAUCUGCAGAUGGACUCAGAGGGGGACAUUGACUCUGGCAGCACUGAACUAGACUACACUAGGUUUGGCUCAGUUAGCAGCUUGACCUCUCAUCAUAUGAUGAAUGGCAGUUUGAUGAGCCUGUACAGUGUGGGGGAUUUCGGGGAUGUUGUAGUAUCAGGGCGGAUCCAGUUCUCGUUGCAGUAUGACAUCACGAAGGAGGAGCUUCACGUGCACAUUAUAUGCUGCCAAGACCUUGCAUCGGCCCGCAAAAAUCGAUCGGACCCAUACGUUAAAGUUUACCUUCUCCCCGACAACACAUCCCGCAGUAAGAAAAAAACUGCAACGAAGAGAAAAACAUUAAAUCCAGUCUAUGAUGAAACCAUGAAAUACAAAGUGCGCAGACUGGACCUCCAGGCUCGUGUGUUGAGUAUGUCAGUCUGGCACUUGGAGAGAUUGAGGAGAAACCUGUUCCUGGGGGAGGUGGAGGUGAGGCUGGGUCUGUGGGACUGGAGCCAGAGCCAACCAACCUGGCACAACCUGCAGCCAAGAGUUCAGUUAAGUCCAGAUGCCAUCAUCAGCAGAGGAACCAUUCUGUUCUCAAUUAAGUUUGUACCUCCGGGUUCAGAGGGAAAUGGUCAUCCACUGACUGGUGAGCUCCAUAUAUGGUUGAGAGAGAUUGUUGGUCUACUUCCCACAAAACGUGGUGCACCCAACACAUUUGUGAAAAGUGUGGUGUUACCAGAUGAAAGCGGCAUCAGUGGCCAGCGGACUCGACUGGUGCGAGCUUCUGUCAGCCCGGUGUUCAACCACACCAUGGUUUAUGACGGGUUUCAGUCCAGUGACCUCAUUCAGGCAUGUACAGAAAUAACGGUCUGGAAUCCACAUCACUCCGACUGUCUGGGUGGAGUCCGACUCAGCACAGGCUCUGGAGUGAGUUACGGUCAGUCAGUUUGCUGGAUGGAUUCUACUGAAGAUGAGAUCAGUGUGUGGUCAAGAGUGAUGCAGAGCUCCAGCAGCUGGGUGGACACUAGUCUACCAAUCAGGACCAACUUACAGCUCUGCUCUGACUGAACUUUGUUCAACUUAUGCAUAUUCACCAUGUGACAUUGGUUGCGAAACAGUUUGAGUAAAGACUGGAAUACACUGCACUGCAAUACUACUGAUUUUUGACCUGAUUUCAGUCUGGACAAGUUGACA